UAAACUUUCAAUUAUUUUUCGAAAAAUAUUGAUACCCAGUGAUUUAUAAUUGCGUCAAUUUCAGAUAUGUAUUGAAAUUUGAACUGACUGGAUUCUGAAGCUUUUUGGUCAAAAACUAUGUCAUUAAAUGACGUUAUAUUAGAUCAUGAAUCGAAUCAGUGUCUUUUCGUAUGCACUAAAUGUGGUGCAGAAUAUGUAACACGAGAUAUGUUAGCAAUGCAUAUGAUGGAUAGUGCUCGUGCUGGAAUGUGUAUAGACUCGGAAGCAAUCAAUAACGCAUCGACUUUGAACAAAAAUAAUUCCAACCAAAAAUCACUGUUUGUGAAGUUCUAGUUGAUUCAGAUCAAGCGUGUACUCAGAAAAGCGAAACAUCAAAUGUGUUUGAAAGCACCCAUCCGUAUGCAUCACUUUCAAACUGGAUUGGUGAAAGAGCUGAGCCAAUAUUUAAUAUGUUGUUCAACCAACUCACUCUACCGCACAUAUAUUCCUUACAAAGUCCAACAGUAAACGUCAAUACAAAAAACAAUAUGGACAGUAAUGUUUUUGAUCCUGUUGAUCGGAAAGUAUUUUCAUCGUUAGAGGAUAAUAUACCUUGUGUUAGAGGACUGCAAUCAAAUAGAAAUACUUCAUCAUCAUUAUUAGAUAUACAGAAAAAUGAUGGGAUACAAUGCUUACUGAUGAAUUGUAAACAGCAAGCAAACAAUGAUUCUACAAAUAUAAAAAUGAAUUUUAUUUCAUCGCUGAAAGGAAACAAAAAUGAUGUUUUCACCUCAUCGACAACUAGAGAUAGGUUACGAAUGACAAGUGAAAAAUCUAUUCCAAAAGUAAACGAUUAUGAAGGAAGUGCAAAAGGUAAUCUCAAUGAAUUUUUAUUUAAUCAAACAUGUACGCUACCAGUUUAUUCAUUGAUAAGAUCCUUGCCCAACUACAAUACUUCAUCAACUUCAAGUACUAAUAAUUCACAAACAGUAAACUCUCCAACUGUCUCAGAAUCAGUGAAUGACAAUUCAAAGGCUACAACUAACUUACAGUGUAUAUCUCAAAGAGUAAUCAAAGAAGUGCACAGUGAAGAAUACUUUAAAAAUGCGACAGUUGAUCCGCAACCAGCCCGUUAUAAUGAUCUUAAAUCUUUAAAAUUUCAUAGAACAUUUGUUAACUUUAAGGACUGUUAUACAACGAAAAGAAGUCGAUCUUUACCUUCACCUCGUGCUUUACGCAAUCAUCAAGCAAGCUGUGAGAUAAAAACUGUACAUGGGAAUGAUGUUAACAAAUUAACGAAAAUUAGUGGUUUAAAGAACGAUGAUGAAGUUCUGCACAAGAUACGGUAUGACCGGAAGUGCUCUAAAAAAACAGCCUACAGGAAUAUUCGUAAAAUUAUGAGUUAUAAUCGAUCAAAGUUCAGUGUAUCUCAAAACCAACAUAAUAAAUCUCAAACAUCAAAUUGUCAUCAUCUUGGUAAGAUACGUAUGCAUUCAGAACAGAUGAAUAAUGGACAAAUAUCAACAGAUAUUCAACAUACCAGUAGACAAGGUUCCAAUAUAGCUCAAACGAAUAAUCAAAAAAUGAACACCAAUGGACAUUUACAACCAAUUUUUCCAUAUGUUUGUGAAUAUUGUCAAAUUGGAUUUGUUCAACAAGCCUUAUUCUGUCUACAUAUGGGAAUGCAUUGUGUAAAUAAUCCACUGAAGUGUAAUAUGUGUGCACAUACCUGUUUAGAUGUUUAUGAUUUCAUCAGUCAUACACUUCAUUUUUAAGUUGAUUAUUUAGAAUUCAUGUCCAACAAAUGAAAUAAUAAAGAUUUAUC